AAGGGCCUGGCUUAAAGUUGGCGCGCAGCGACAAAACGAUAAACAAAAAUCCAUUGCUCGUCACCAGUUCUAUAAUUUUUGUGAAUUUUUAGUGAUUUCACUCAGUAAAUCUUAAUUAAAAUGGCACUGUGGGUUGACCGGUACCGUCCGCGGGAACUGUCCAAGCUGGACUACCACAAGACGCAAGCGGCGCACCUUACGAACCUGUGCGCUCAGGGUGACUUCCCGCAUCUGAUGUUCUAUGGGCCAUCCGGCGCCGGCAAGAAGACCCGCAUCAUGUGCCUCCUGCGGGAACUGUACGGCUCGGGAGUCGAGCGUCUCCGGAACGAAGUCAUGAACUUCACUACUCCAUCGAACCGGAAGGUGGAAAUCAUGACGGUCAGCAGCAACUAUCACAUCGAGGUCAACCCGUCGGAUGCCGGGAUCUACGACAGGGUCGUCAUCACCGAUAUGAUUAAGCAGAUUGCCCAGACGCAACAGAUCGACCCGAGCGGGCAGCGUGAGUUCAAGACGAUCGUACUCUCGGAAGUGGACGAAUUGACGAAAGAUGCACAGCACGCGCUGAGAAGAACCAUGGAAAAGUACGUCGCAACCUGCCGGUUGGUGCUUUGCGUGAAUUCUACUUCUCGGGUCAUUCCGGCCGUGAAGAGUCGUUGCCUGGGUAUUCGAAUCUCCGCUCCGAGCAACGAGGAGAUCAUCAGUAUUUUGAACAACAUUUGCAAAAAGGAAGGCCUCCACAUCCCAUCGGAACUGGCCACACGAAUCGCCGAUAAAUCCGAACGCAAUCUUCGUCGAGCGAUUCUCAUGCUAGAGGCCUGCAAAGUGCAACAGUAUCCGUUCACGGUCAAUCAGGAAGUGCCGGAAAUCGACUGGCAGGUGUUCCUUCGGGAAACGGCCAAUCAGAUCGUCCAGGAGCAAUCACCGCAAAAGUUAGAAGCCGUCCGGGAGCGUCUGUACGAACUGCUGUCCCAAGGCGUUCCAUCGGACAUCAUCUUCCGCGGGUUGGUGGAGAAUUUGGUCAAAAACUGCGACAUGAGUCUAAAGACUCAGACGCUCAACUUUGCCGGAACAUACGAGCACCGGAUGCAGCAGGGCAGCAAGCACAUCUUCCACCUGGAAGCCUUCGUGGCGCAGUUUAUGGCGCUGUACAAAAAAUUCCUGAACCAGGCCUCCGCGAUGGACUUGGACGACUUCUAGACUAGGCUCCAUAAUCUCAAACAUAAAAUUGUAUUUCUUUCUUCAAUAAAAACUUACUAUUGCUUAUAAAA